GAGCCUGUGAAACUUGGGACUUCCCUGUGAAAGCAGAUUUGGAGCGUUAUCAUGCAUGUUAUCAGCGGCGUACAGAUCUUGGCGGACAUUACCUCAUAGCUCGCCCCCACAGGCACCUGCCUGGUUGGCCCAUGUCCGCUCCAAAAGUUGCCACCUUUUUAGCCUCAGGCAUCCAGGAGUCAAAGUCAGGCACGAGCUACUGGAGCUAGUGUGUUUUUCGGCAGAGCUCCGGACGUGCCUACGUCUGACUUCGCGGCAAUUUGGCAACGCAGACAGAUAAACCUCAAUUGAAGCUGUCCCACCUCCCCGGAAACCCACCGAGAGAGCCGAAAACUGCCCGCCAUGUCUCUAGCCCCCUUCAUCAGCAAGCGGCCUUGGCUGGUCAAGAUGCUGCAGCCCCUGGCGCAGAUGUACGUCAACCAGGCCGGCUACCGCAAGAUGGGUCUCCGCACCGACGAUCUCAUCUCGGAGGAGAACGAGACGGUGCUCAAGGCGCUGAGCCGCCUGCCGCCCCGCGAGAGCUACGACCGCAUCUACCGCAUCCGCCGCGCCCAGCAGCUCAGCAUGCAGCAGAAGAUCCUGCCCAAGGCGGAAUGGACCAAGCCCGAGGAGGAUGUCGAGUACCUUGGUCCGAUAUUGCGGGAGGUUGAGGCCGAGGAGAAGGAGCGCGCGGCGCUGGAUACCCUGACAAUUGCCAAGAAGCACUGAGUCUCGAUGUUUUGUUUAGGGGGGUAGUUGAGGCUUGCGUGCUGGGCGGGCGGAAUGAAGAGGAGGACCGCAACUCGCAGCACAAACCAAUGUACAUUUACAGGAGACGAAGGUUGCGCUUUCAAGACCUUAGACGUUUGUUGCGGGUGAGGGCCAUUGCUUACAAAGUCGAGCAGCAAUGUUGUGUGUAUAGCCUCUAGGGGCAUCCGUUCCAUCAAUUAGAACCCCGAUCGCCGUUUUCCCAGCUCAAGAUUGCCCAGGUGACAGUCGCGUAUCCUACACCUUCAGGAGAAGAAGGGGAGUUGCAAUUGACUUAGCUCUUUUGAGCAUCGAGACUUUACAAUGUCUAUAUCAACCCGCCAGAGUGUCGAUAGGAGCGACGGCGGAUCUCGUACUCACGUAAACCAACAUCAAGUUAUACACGAG